AUGUGGAAACUAGCCAGAAUAAGAGAAAUCAAAACAGGAAAGGAUGGAGAAGUGAGAAGUGUCUCGAUAGAAUUACCGAAAGGAAAAAUACUCAACAGACCGGUGAAUAUGUUAUACCCACUGGAAGUCAAAGGUGAGGAAAUUGACCCUCAACCAACAAUGUUUAACAAAUCAGUGCAAAAUGUCAAUGAACAAGAACCAAUUGCUCUACGAACUAGAAGCGCUAUAAGGCGAAGCAAUCAACCAAAGCUGUCCAACGAACUAAAGCAUUUAGCUCCUUCGGUCGGGAGUGUCGCGGAUUUUAAUAUCGCGAUCUAA